AUGCUGAUGUGGGCAAAUCAAAUAGCUUCAUUCUCAGAAUCUCUUGAUAGAACUUCAGAACUUCCAGGAAAUACAACAUGUCUGAUGGAUUGUGAAACUAUAGAUAUUUUGAAAGGAAAAGGAGAACUUCUUGUUGUAGUUGUCUCUUCUAGUGCUUGUUUUCAUUUAACUCAGUUCAGGCCUCUAAAACAACAUGACGUAUCUGAUGGGGAGCUCUGCAUGAUUGCCAACUUUCACUUGGAAUUUGUUGAUCAAGUGUUUGCUCUUGUUCCCUCAUUUAAGACUAAACAGAGCAAGCUAAGAGUUCCCCUCGAGAAUGUCUUGGCUGAACUAGCCAAACCUAGAAGGGAAGCAUAA